AUGACUGCUUUACAGCACGCGAGACACAUAAUACUUCGGGGUGUUCCAAAAACUGCUACAACGUGGGAUGUUCGGAGGGUACUCACUCGUUCUGGGGCGCACGGUGUAACUAACAUUCAUAUAUGUUAUGAGUACUUUAAACCAACCGGAGAAGUCCUGAUCACCCUGAGUCGCCCCCAUUUCUUGCGGGACAACCUACGGGUAUUGGACAACGUAUCAUUUGCCGCCUCACGCGUGUCUCCCAGACCAUUUAUCCCUGAAGAGGCUCCCCGUCCCAAAAUGCGGUCGCGCGGCCUCAGGGGAAAGGAGCAAGCCGCUCUUCGAGGAGCUCUGAAUGGGAAUGGGCCGCACGCUGGGAUGUCCAAUCUGGACAGAACGGUCACGAUCUGGGGGCUCGCGGGCAAGGCGACCCCGCGAGCUUUAGCUGAAGUCCUUGAAGGGUUUGACGUAGCGGAGUCGGCGAAGGGGCGAAUGAACAUCAUUAAAAUUCCAUUACCUGAAAAUCAAUUCUCGAUGACCUCGCGCUUUAUAGUGACAUUGAAAACAGUGGCGGAAGCCCACCGCGUUGUCAGAGCACUACACCAAACUCGACACGAACAAUUAGGUACACAUCCCAUCAAGGCCGCUUUAUUAUAUUGA